CUAAAGAAAAUAGAAUAGAAGACUCAAGAAAGAUUGUUUACAUGAAAGUGGAAUGAAAGAGAAAAAACAGAAGGAAAGGAAGAGCAAAAAAGAAAGAGAGAGAGAGAGAGAGAGAAAGAAAAGUAGUUGCUGAGGUCUGACACACCCACCACCCAUUGACGACCGCCACGCGACCCUUCCCUUAGACUGUUCUUCCGCCGCCUCGCUCACCCCUCUUCCUCAGGCGGCCAGUCGUCCUUCCUCUAUUUCAAUCCCACAGAUGACAGAUCCCUCCUCCUCCACUUCUUGGCUGCGAUUCUUCUUUUGGGGUAGCUCUGAUCAGAGCAGUGAACUGCGGUUUUCCGGUGCUUUAUUCUGGUUCCAUUUUCAUCCUAUAAUAAUAAACCCACUGCACCUUUACUGAACACAAAACCCAAUUCCCUGAUAUCUCGCUUACCCCCAGAUUAAGACCUCUCCUCUCUGACUUUAUACACGUACACACUCCUCUUUCUUCAGAUAGCAGGAAAAAAAAAAAAGCAGCUCUUUACCUGUGUCUCUGUCUCUCUGCCUUCUUUAUUGGAGAGAGAGAGAAAGGACCGGGGUGGUGAAAAUCUUUUGAGGAUUUUGUUGUGUUAAUUCACAUAGAAAAUCUUCCGUUUUUCAUUCAACAGUCAAGACUAGAGCCUUGGUUUUUUGGUGGGUUAGGUUGGAGGGAUUGGGAACGAGAGGAUUGCAUGCACAAGGUAAAGAUGGCCGUUAGUUUGUGCACUGUGUAGAUUCUCAAAGCCUAGAGACAGACACGUUGUUGAGUUUCCAAAACUGAAACGCUCCAAAUUCAGCCCUCCCCCAAAACCUGCAUGCACCUUUCUUGAUAUAUAGACAAAGAAAAAAACACAAGAAGAAAAACCACACCCCACAAAAGAAAAAGAUUUAGAGAGACAAGAUGCAGCAAGAGAGAGAGGCAGAAGGACCGGAAGACAUGAAGCAACAACAGCAUCAAGACCGGAGACUGAAGCCUUUGCAAGCCGAUCAAAAUCAGCAGCAACAUCACCAGCCUCAAAAAUGCCCUCGCUGUGAGUCUCUCAACACCAAGUUUUGCUAUUACAACAACUAUAGCCUGACUCAGCCGCGUUACUUCUGCAAGACUUGUAGAAGGUACUGGACUCAAGGAGGAACCCUCAGAAACGUCCCCGUCGGCGGCGGUUGUCGGAAGGGAAAGCGUGCCAAAACCUCCUCAUCUUCCGGUGAGAAUUCACGGUCGACGACUCAGCAGCAGCCACAACAAUUAGUACAACAAAAUUUGACAAACCCACCACCUACAAUCCCCUCUAAUCCAGCUAUCCAAACCAGCCCGGCUCUACAGACAACUAAAGAAGGAUCGAUCCCUUCAAUUGCGCCUUACUAUGGGGGAGGUGGCUAUUUGUCUUCUUUGGGAGCAAUCCAAUCUUUGAAUCAAUCACAUUCUUUCAGUCAAUCUCUCCAUGUUGGGGGUUCUUCAAAUAUGGAUCUGCUUCAGGGGUUUACUCUCCCUUCUUUCGGAUCACAGCAUCAGCAGCGGCAAAUUCAGCAAACGCAAUUUUAUCAAAUGGGUAACAGAGAUAGAGGCAUGGAAAAUCUCUAUCCGACUGAAGAGACUUUGAUUCAAUCGAGCAGGCCUACGACUACUUCCCAGGAUGAUUGGCAUCAGACCUUUAUGAGCAAUACUAACCCUACGGCAUCUGAUGCCGCCGCUUUGUGGAGUUUUAGCACCAUUACCUCCACUACUGGAAACACUAACAGCAAUAUUCCAAGCCAGUGGCCAAAUCUGCCAGGAUAUGGCCCUCCUCCGUGACCUUCUUGAUCACCCAGCUGAUUCCUGAAGAGCGAAAGCUGGGUAAAACUUGGCCUUGAUAGAUUUGUGGAAUUCUUUACUUCUGUAUACAAAUGAGUCCCAUUGGACCUCUUAUCUAUUUACCCUUUUGUCUACUUGAUUUAGUUUGGAUGGUUUUUAGGGUAUGAUUUGGUGCAUCAUGGAACUAAGAGUGGUAAGCAUUUUGUGAUGUUGUAAAUGAAGGAAUAGCGGCAAUGGAUCGCCUUAA